AAACGAGAGCGUGAACGCUUGGAAGCGAAAUUGAACGAUUCGUUGAAGGCGGUCGAUGAACUUCAGAAGUUGGCAGCGGACGCCAUUGAGGAGCGUAGUGCAUCGGCACAAAAGGCUGUCGAAGACUGCAGAAAUGAGGUAGAGUUGUUAGAAUUGACAUGGUGCGUUGAUAAACCAGGAUGUUAA